GUUGGGUGUUGACCUGUGUGGCGUUCGUACGGAGUCCCCGUUCGUCUCAUGGACUAUUGACCCAUACACUGCUAAUUCACUGCCACCAACCACGUCCUCCCCGGUAAAUCACUUAGUCUCAGUCAGGUUCUUAAGUUAAGAAUGAAGAUUGUAGUUUAUUGCAAACACAAAUAAACUUUAAAUGCAUUCAAAACGCUGUUACCCUUUACCCUCUUAGUCUUAUUCUAUUCUGUCUCUAACUCUUCUAUCUCCCCUCACACAAGAACCAACUGCACUAACUGUCUCUCUAUUUCCAUGUGUCUGCCAACUGCUUUCCCAACUGCCUUUUACCAACCAACCAACCAAACCUUGGGCUCAGCCCUUUUAUAAACAGGUAGACUCCGCCUCUGGCUUUUCUAUUGGUCUACCUAUUAACCCUUUCUCUCCCCCUGUAUAGACAUUUUCAAAUAAACGGGCAAACGCCACAACCUGAACGAGUGGCAAUAACACAGGUACAUUGGAAGCUUCCUUAUAACGAGUUGGGACAUUUUCCCACCUAUCUCAGUAUUCUGUACAGCAGCUCUCCAAAAUGGCAGAUGAGGGACAUUCCCCAUCCUACCUGGCGAUGCUGGGGAUUGAACCUGGGACCGUCUGCAUGCAAGGGAGAUGGUCUACUACUGAGCUUUGACCCAUUCCCCAAUGUGCUGCUGCUGUUUUACCCCCUUUCCCCUUUCUGCAUGCUUAUAUUGUGCUUUUGACACUAUUGCCGAGACAGAGCAUAGGAUCCCAACUGCUUAAGCUGGGAGCAAGUCAUCGAGUAGCCAUAGCCAUAGUAGCUGCACCAUCGAUUGGCAAGUAAUUGUGCCGAACUAUGUGGAUUGUGGCCAUUGCUUUUAAUGGGAUCAAAUUGGCUCAGGGGCAUCCACUUGUGAUCAACCAUUUCAUAGCUGGGCUGUCUGUUAAAUGCUGCUGCUUCCUGUUAACUUAUGUCCUAAACAGGGGCAUGGCUUCGAAUUGCAGUACAGCGGCCAGAAAAAAAUUGGCAGUAAUUUUGGAACAUGUAAUAUUUCUUAGACUUUGCUGCUGUAAAUCUGGGAUAAACACAUCCCCCCAAUAUGCUGCCUCCUUCUGCAUGCUGCGUGUGCUGCAUAAUCCCAACAUUUAUUUAGCAGUGUUCUGUUAAUAAAGGAUAAUGAGAUACCGUAACACGGCAAUGCAAUUUACGAGGAAGCAUCUAACGAAGGCUUGGAAAAACAAACAAGCCAGUUGCAACAGCAAAAUAGCCGCAUCCGAUCCAUAACUUCACUCUCUGCUGUAUUGGGAAAUUAAAUUAAAUAUAUAUAUAUGUGGAAACUCCUAUGAUUGGAACAUUGUGUACCAGCUGUCUUAUGCAGCUGACUAAUUGAUCUCUCUGUCCAGCAAAUCAGGAACAUUUGCUACUGUUUAUUCAGAGCAAACAGGAAAGCAUUGCAUGAAAUUACACAUACACACCACACUUUUUAUGAGCUCUUGCCAUUUAGGAGAACAUUCAUGGGAAAAAUGAAAGACUCAAUAAACAGAACAAUUCGGAAGGUAUCUCCAAGAGUAUUAUCUGGAUGCAGCAUCCUCACGCUUGACAAGUUCUUCCUUCUCUGUGUUGUUGUUUCCAAACAGGUCCUAACAAAGGAACCUUGACUUGACAGUAUUGAUCUUGAGCUGGUAAGAAAUUUAAAGUAAGUGACAGAGAAGGAGAAGAUGAAAAGCAUUGAGGGGAGGGCAGAUAAGCAUCCUAGGUAAGUACAAGGAUACGUGGCAAUUUAAAUCAAAUGUACAUGGAUAUGUGGUGUCCAGCAUCCCUGAGACCAACUACUUUGAAGUCAAAUCAUAGUCCAUCUGUCCCCCCCCCAAAAAAAGUAUUGUUAACUGCUUUCUCUCAAUUAUACUUUUGUAGAAAGUUGUGAACUAUGAGAUCAGGCAACCCAACCAAGAUGCUCUAUGUUUGGUAAGUAUUUUCUGUGUUUGGAUCCAUCAUUUCUUGAAUGUUCUUGAGAACAUUUCAGUAGUCAUAUUCCAACUCCAGAACUCGAACCCUCUCUUAUUCCUAGGUGUGUUUGUGUAGCAAGAGGCAACCAAAUUUCCAAGUCAUUUUCCACCGUGGCUGUUGGCGUGCAGUAAGUGCAAGGCAGUAAACCAAAUUACAAGGGGGUGGGGUGAUUGUAGAUGAAAUUCUAGAAUGCCUGUGUAAAAUGCAUGUGUACCAUCAGCAUGCAUCCAACGUUAUAACCUAGCAGAGAAAUCUUGGAAAACACACAAAUACUCUUUGCCCCAGAACACUUACCAGAACGCUCACCAGUACUGAGCUGAUUCCCAGUCUAGCUGAGGAGAGCUUGCCUAAUACUAGAAUUAAUUUUCCCCUUUGCAGAAUGAGAGACAUUUACAUUUUAACAGAGAGGUUGCAAGAAUCUCAAUGGCUUCUAAUGCCCGUCCUUGUUAUAUCAAACUCAAUGUCACAAAUAUUUACAUAACCAAGGAUAAUUAAUACGUCUGUAAUCACUUUUGUUGGCAGUGUUUGAGAGGAAAGCAGUGCUUCAACUUUAGCCCUGUAAUCUCAAGAAAAGAAAAAGUCAGUAUUGUAUAAUCAAAGUUAGGAAUAUUGAACACCAAAUUACCAAUAAGGUUAAAACCCAACAGCCGGAAGUAAUAUUAAUGUUUCUCAUUUUAUUUUAUAGACAACAAUAGCUUCAUUUCCUACCUGCUACCCACAACAUUUCAAAGGGGAAAUGUCCUUGAUUCCUCCUAGCAUUGAGUAUUAAAAGAAUCUGAAAUCUACUGGGAAGAAAAUGUAGCUUAGGUUCCAGAUAGAGCCUGAAAUUAAUUAGUUGUUUACAGAGCAAUCCUAAAUACAGUGGUACCUCGGGUUACAUACGCUUCAGAUUACGUACGCUUCAGGUUACAGACUCCGCUAUCCCAGAAAUAGUACCUCGGGUUAAGAACUUUGCUUCAGGAUAAGAACAAAAAUCAUGUUCCGGCGGCGCGGCAGCAGCAGAGGUCCCAUUAGCUAAAGUGGUGCUUCAGGUUAAGAACAGUUUCAGGUUAAGAACGGAUCUCUGGAACGAAUUAAGUAUCUAACCCGAGGUACCACUGUACAAGAAGCUGUCAUAACUUAUGUUGUCUUAAAUCAGGCAUAGGCAAACUCAGCCAUCCAGAUGUUUUGGGACUGCAACUCCCAUCAUCCCUAGCUAACAGGACCAGUGGUCAAGGAUGAUGGGAAUUGUAGUCUCAAAACAUCUGGAGGGCCGGGUUUGCCUGUGCCUGUCUUAAAUUAAUUCAGUGCAAAUUACUCCUGUUCCAAACUCCACUCAGGACUGGGGCUAUUUUACACUCUCAACAGUACAAUGGUAAAAUGUUAUGCUGAGCUGGGAUGAUGGAGCUAUGCUGGAAUAGCCCUUGGUAAAUCUCAGCUAGGUUAGGAUAGCCCAAGAUUUGCUUUUCUAAAUUUGCUCAAUCCACUUUAGGUUUGGUUUGUUCCGUAAUUAAUUGCCCACUCAGUUUGUGAGCCUGCCCCUACUUUCCUAGUAGAAAACCCUAUUGAAUUAAUAGGACGUCUGGUUAAGGUUGUGCUGUUAAUUAUUUGUCAAGUAACUUGUGUCAUAACCCACCCAGGGCAGUUCACAAAAUCAUAACACAGUACACAUAUAAAACAAUUAUGGCAAUCGUUUAAAAAUCCAUGCCAGGUGAACCAGUUUACAAACAUUAUUAUAAAUCACCACCCAACCAACAGAACCAUCUACCCUAAAAGAACCAAUUCUGAGAAAAUAACCUUUAAGAGAAAGUGGUCCAAAGGAAAGAGGCUGUAGCUGUAACCCUGGCAAUGUUCAGACUAUAAGAACCUUGGUGGGGAGGGAGUUCCACAGUCAGGGGGCCACCACCAAAAAAGACCCAGUCUUUUGUACCCAUCAGCUGAGUUGAUGUAUGAACAGAGGCUCUGAGGCAGAUCUAAAUAUCUGGACAAGCUUGUAUUUUAGGCAGUCCAUGAACUGUGGUCCCAAAUAGUUUAAAGGUCUAAACCAUCGCUGUGAAUUGGGUCUGGAAACACACUGACAACCUGCACAACUGGUACAGAAUUUGUGUUGUAUUAUCCAAUCAUUAUGAAACAAGCAACAGAGUUUUGCAUUUGCCCCGGGCUCCAUGAGGGAAAGGAAAGCUGCAAUUAAUAAUCACGAUCAGUCUUGCGAUCUGAGCCAUUGUUUCAACUCUCAUAUCUAAAGUGGUUUCUGCUGCGAAUGAAUCUUUUGGUGUUAAAUAGAUUGUUUGUUUUAAAAAGAUGCUCUGUCUUCCCACCUCUCCUCACCUUCCUAGAGGGAAGCUGCACUGUCACCAGCAAUACAAAUUGUUGAAUUAUUCUGUUCCAUUUAAAAAAAGAAAAGAAAUACAAAGAUGUUUUCACACAAAGGAGGUGAGUGUUUAGAUGGAUAUUUCUAUGACAGUAAGAUUUAAAUUUCACAGCUUUCUGAAUAUGCCUGCCUGGAGGGAAUUAUUUCCAUGUAUGUAGAAAACUGACCUGCUUUCUUUUUUACUGCUCAGACCAGUACUAGUUAUCUCAGAAGUGAUGCAGAAGAAAUGCCAAUAAUGGAAAAGAAAAGAAUAGCAUGCCAUAGGUUAUAUUGUAUUUACUGUUUGUUUGCUUUUUAAAAACCCAUUUUAAAACUGUCCAUCAUAAUAUCAGAUUUCUGGGAGGUGUGCAACAUAAGCACAUGAGAGAGAGAGAGAGAGAGAGAGAGAGAGAGAGAGAGCGCAGCAAGAAAACUUAUUAAAACAGACCCACAAUAUAAUCUUAUACAUGUCUUCCACUCCCAGAUAAGUGGGUCUAUCACUGCAGCCUACAACUUGCACAAUUAAAUCAGUUAAAUCCUAAUUUAGUUGAUUUAAAUCAACUAAAUCAAUUAAAUCAACUAAACUAGGCAUGGUAAGUAAAAAAAAAGUUCUUUCUUGGCAUGUAAAUGACACCGCUGCUGGUGCCAGAGGAACCUCUGGGGCACCAUGACUGAGAAAGUCUCCUCCCUUGUAGAUUAUCUUUGUGCCUCUGAUGGGUGAGAGACAUGGAGACCUUGGCAGAUGAUCUUACUGGACCAUAAUGUGCAUCAUCAUAACGUGUUACUGGACCAUAACAUGCAUCAUCUUGGCCACUGGUCAUGCUGGCUGAAGCUGAUGUAUGCUGAAGUCCAACAACAUCUGAAGAGCCACAGGUUUCCCACAUCUGCCUAAAAAAUGGGCAGGUGGAUCUGUGAGUCAGUGUUCCUGCUCAGGUGUCAAUAGUUGUAGGGAACCUAAAUCCCAGAAUCAAGGGUUAACACAUGUAUGAAAACCGGACAUAUAGUUAUCUCCCAUGCAGUAUUCAGGGUUCAAAUAGGGUAGGAUUCCAUCACUGGGGAAGUGGCCACCACUUUAGCCCUGUAAAUGGCUCCUAAAAAGAUGUAAUUUGGCAGUCAAAAAACUGAUAAAGGCCUGCAAGUACCUAAAAUGGCAAAUGCAGAGGUGUGGAAGGGGAGCUCCAUUAACAUGUGACCCCAAAAUUUCAGACCCCCAAACUGAUGCCCAAUUUUAGCACUAGUUUAGUGCUGUUUUGUGCCAUGAACCCUGCAUUUUGUGCUGCCUUCCAAACUGUGUAUUUGACACAGCAAAUCGGGUUCACAAGUUAAUGUCAAAAAAUCCAACCUUGUCUGAUUGACUCCAAACAGGUGCCAAUGUUUUGCACAAAACUAGUGCCAAACAUUGGCAUCAGUUUGGGGGGAUCCAAAAUUUGGGGUCCUCACAUUAAUGGAGCUUGGAAGAGGCAUGGAUGAGGAAGCUCCCAGGCUUGCCAAUUGGGUUAUGAUGAUGGUUGACUGAAACGUAGAAGGUGAGAAACCUGGUGAUUAUGAUUAUUGUCAAUUUAGGGGGCCUGUGUUUGAGUUUCAAAGGAGUGAAGACUGAGACAUGAGUCCCUGUGCCCUUGGGAAACCUGCGCUCAGGCUGUUUAGCACCAUUGUUUUAAAAAAUGGGGGGAGGUUCACAAUCGCAACUGUUUCAUUAGAUUUAAAUUAAACUUUAAAUUCAGCUACAUUUAUAUCCUCAUUUUAAUUUUGUUUUACACAACUCUGUUAAUUAACUUCUCAAAUGCAGUGCAUUCAUCUGCAGUCACUUAUUAUGCAUCCGGUAGCUCCAGCCCUUCGCUUGAUGUACUUAUUAUUUCAUUCACAUGAUCAGGCAGAAGUCAACUUCUUUAAGAACGCAUCAUUGUAUUCAGUGAUGAAAGGGAACACUGAACUAUAGCUAUUGUGUCUGUAAGGAGCCAAAGACAAACUUGCACUUGAUGAAUUCUAGGAAACACACCAGGAAGAACAAGUUGAAAAUCCUCACACACACACCCCUCUUAAACUUGUUAACAUUCCAUGUUGACCUUUGAUGGACCAGUCAGAGAAUUCAGAGAAGGAGGUAGUAAAUUCUUGGAUAAGGGCUGCUUCUCACAACAGUGGUAGCUGGUGCCUAUUGAGACUGGGGAGACCAGGAGCAGCUGGAGACAGUGACAGGCAGAUUCAAUUAAUUCUAGUUCUGCCUCCAUCUUCCUCAGAUCUGCUGAGUUCUACAAGGAUAGCACUGAAGCUAAAGAAGAGCACAUUGCCACAGGCUGUAAGGAAGAAUGCAGGCAGAUGAGGGACGCCUAGGGCCAGAUGAAGGGUUGCAGGGCAGUGUCACGAUCUCCCUAAUGGACCAUGGCCAUCUGUCAUGGAUGCUUUAGCUGAGAUUCCUGCCUUGCAGGGGGUUAGAUUUGAUGACCCUUGGGGCCCUUCCAACUCCAUGAUUCUAUGACCAACCUCUCCUGUCUCACAUUAUAGUGUGUCAAAAAUCGAGGAUAGCCAUGCGUACUGCCUUACAGAAUCUUUAAAGAGCCAGUGUGGUAUAGUGGUUAAGAGCAGUGGACUCAUAAUCUGGUGAACUGGGUUCGCUUCCCCGCUCCUCCACAUGCAGCUGCUGGGUGACCUUCGGCUAGUCACACUUCUCUGAAGUCUCUCAGCCUCACUUGCCUCACAGUGCUUGUUGUGGGGGAGGAAGGGAAAAGGAGAAUGUUGUUUUUUUAAAAAAUGAUAUUUAUUAAGGUUUCAAAAAAAGGAUACAUAACCAAGAAAAAGAAAAAUAGAAAAAAGAAAAAUACAAAAUACAAAAAAAGAACAAUUAAAAACAAUUCCAUCUUUUCAUCACUUCUCUUUCAUUUACUUGUUUCCCGGACCUCCUCAUACCUCCCUUUUUUGUAUUCCAGUUCAAUUUAUCAGUUCAGCAAUUGCUUUCCCGGGAAAAAGGAGAAUGUUAGCCACUUUGAAACUCCUUAAGGGGGGUGAAAGGCAGGAUAUCAAGUCCAAACUCCUCCUCCUCCUCCUCCUCCUCCUCCUCUUCUUCUUGUCUUCUAUUUGAAGGGCUGUUGGAGGACAGGCCCCUGUUUGAAGGCAUCCUCUUACCUGAAGGCAGAUUUAAAGAUAAAGAUCCAUCCGAAGAGAGCUGGUAGGCCUUGAAGUUGCCCCAUAACUGUGUCCACCUGGGCAGCAGAUAAAGUCAGAAGUGAUGGGUGUAGCCCUCAGUGGGAAUGGUUGUCACAGAGGCUUUUAGAGUACUGCUCUAUUUUACAGCUUUAUUCAGAGACAAUAUUGUUAUUAAUAUUAUUAUUAUUGUGUUUAUAUACCGCCCUAUACCCGAGGAUCUCAGGGUGGAUCACAGAAUAAAAUCAAGAUAUAAAACCGCAAAAUACCUAAUAAAAACAAAAACAACAACCCAAUAGCCCUCUCAUAAACAUUGUCAGCCAUGAAGGAACUUUCAGCUUCCUUCAAAAUACCGCAAACGUUUUGUCUAAGCAAAGUCCUACAAUUUCACUUAACAUUUCAUUUAAACUAGGAGGUGUGCAAAAAUCCCCACUGAGCAAGAUUUUGUUUUUGUUUUUGCUUGUCUUACUCAAGAUUGUUUGGCUUUCCUCAAAAUUCUACAUCUGUUUUGCCUGAGGAUUUGCUUCAAGUUCCACUUUGGAAAGGAUUAAAUCUUUUUCUGCUAUUUACCGUUUUCUACUAUUUAUCGUUGGGACGCGGGUGGUGCUGUGGGUUAAACCACAGAGCCUAGGACUUGCUGAUCAGAAGGUCGGCAGUUCGAAUCCCUGUGACGGGGUGAGCUCCCGUUGCUCGGUCUCUGCUCCUGCCAACCUAGCAGUUCGAAAGCACGUCAAAGUGCAAGUAGAUAAAUAGGUAAAUGGUGUUUCCGUGCGCUGCAGCGGGAAGGUAAAUGGUGUUUCCGUGCGCUGCUCUGGUUCACCAGAAGCAGCUUAGUCAUCCUGGCCACAUGAUCCAGAAGCUGUACGCCAGCUCCCUCGGCCAAUAAAGCGAGAUGAGCGCCGCAACCCCAGACUCGAUCACGACUGGACCUAAUGGUCAGGGGUCCCUUUACCUUUACUAUUUAUCGUUAGAUUUCUGAAUUCUACCAUGUGAUUUGUUUUCAUUUCGUUGCUUAUUAUUUCCUUUCCUUGCAUCUACUUUAAACUCAAAUCCCUUGCUGGAAGGCCAAAAGCCAAAGAGAAGGAGGCUGUAUGUGUAUGAGCUAAGAGGGUAUUACUGCAAAAGAGAAUGCAACCCUAGGAAUUUUUUUGUGGCAAGAAUUUAGUUGCAGGCUUUGAAUUCUGCAAAGUCCUACCAACAGAAACCUAGUCCCAUUUUGUUGUGACAAAAAAAAGCCACGGUAGUUGUUGCCAUGGCAAUGAGCCGAGUCUCUGUUUCCCCGAUGAUGACCUGUAAAUUGGUCUCUUUGCCACCAAGUUUCCAAGCUGCUUUCACUCAGCCGCCAUAGUUCUUUCUGACCCCAGAGGGGCCUUCUAAGCUCAGACAUACUAGGCAAAACAUCACAAAAAUAAACAAGAAGAGAAAAGUAGCUGUGGCAGGGGUCAGAGGAGAGGGUGCUCCAGAUCUGACUGAACCAGCAGUGAGGGGAAGGGGGUUCCAACCUUCAUUUCCUGCUUGGUGCAUUUUCCCUGUCAAAAGUACCCACAACACAGACCAUCAGACAGGAAGAGAAAGACAAAACUCCCAGGAAAAGCAACUGAGGGGAGGAAUUUUAAUCAGGAAACUGUCCCAAGGGGGAAGAAGGAUCUUAUAGUAUCACAUUGAUCUUGUUUUUAAUGCUGAAAAUGAAGCCAAAGUAUGCUAGCAUAUGGCCAGAAGUAUCUUCCUAGUCACUUAUUUUAUUCCUGCUAAUGUUCUAUUUUUUUGGUACAAUGUGUGAAUGUCCUAUAACUUUGGAUGAAACAGUGGCGCACUCCAAGGUUUGCAGAUAAAGAAAAAAAUAGUUAUUUAGAGAAACAAACCCAAGGGGCUGUACCUCUCCAAAUAUACAGCCCAACGAGGGCAUAUUUAGUGGCCAUGGAAUACUGAGUGUCUUGUGGGUUGAACAGAAAAUGGAAGCAGGAGGAAAGGAAUGGAGUAUCCUGAUAUAAGGCAUGACUGACUGGCUGACCGCCGAAGAAUUGAUGCUUUUGAAUUAUGGUGCUGGAGGAGACUCUUGAGAGUCCCAUGGACUGCAAGAAGAUCAAAUGUAUCCAUUCUUAAGGAAAUCAGCCCUGAGUCCUCACUGGAAGGACAGAUCGUGAAGCUGAGGCUCCAAUACUUUGGCCACCUCAUGAGAAGAGAAGACUCCUUGGAAAAGACCCUGAUGCUGGGAAAGAUUGAGGGCACAAGAAGAAGGGGAUGACAGAGGACGGGAUGGUUGGACAGUGUUCUCGAAGCUACAAACAUGAGUCUGACCAAAUUGCAGGAGGCGUGCCUGGAGUGCCUGGCGUGCUCUGGUCCAUGGGGUCACGAAGAGUCGGACAUGACUAAACGACUAAACAACAACAGGCUGGCUGGCUGGCUACAUACUAAAUAGGAGCACUGAACAAUGCAACCUUUUGUUCCUCUACUCACUUGGGUAAGGUAAAGAUAAAGGGACCCCUGACCAUUAGGUCCAGUCGUGACUGACUCUGGGGUUGUGGCGCUCAUCUCGCUUUAUUGGCUGAGGGAGCCGGCGUACAGCUUCCGGGUCAUGUGGCCAGCAUGACUAAGCCGCUUCUGGCGAACCAGAGCAGUGCCGGAAAUGCCGUUUACCUUCCCGCUGGAGCAGUACCUAUUUAUCUUUUUUUAUAAAAAAUGAUAUUUAUUAAAAUUUCAAAAACAAAAAAUUACAUAGUUAAAGAGAAAAGAAACAAGGGAAAAAAUAAAAACAAUAAAAAACAUACAAAAUACAAAGUAAAGAAAAAACAAAAAUAAAAAACACUUAAAAACAAAUCAAUCCUUCCGUAUCUUACAUUUCAUUUCCUUGCUUCCCUGACCUCCUUUCACCUCCCUUUUUUGUAUUCCAGUUCAAUUGGUUAAUUCAGCAAUUCCUUUCCCUCUUUGUUUUUGUCUUAGUCCUUUAAAUUAAUAUAUUAUAGCUUUAGAUUCUCACUUAUUAGCAAUCCAUUUUUACAUACACCUUUAAGACAUUGCUGCUAAAACCACUUAACUUCAUUCUGACAUCAUUCUAACAUUCAUUAAUUUUGCAAUAUUUGUGUAAAUAGUCUUUAAAUUUCUUCCAAUCUUCUUCCACCGACUCUUCUCCCUGGUCUCGGAUUCUGCCAGUCAUUUCCGCCAGUUCCAUGUAGUCCAUCACCUUCAUCUGCCAUUCUUCCAGAGUGGGUAGAUCUUGUGUCUUCCAAUACUUUGCAAUAAGUAUUCUUGCUGCUGUUGUGGCAUACAUAAAGAAAGUUCUAUCCUUCUUUGGCACCAAUUGGCCGACUAUGCCCAGGAGAAAGGCCUCUGGUUUCUUCAAGAAGGUAUAUUUAAAUACCUUUUUCAUUUCAUUAUAGAUCAUCUCCCAGAAAGCCUUAAUCCUUGGGCACGUCCACCAAAGGUGAAAGAAUGUACCUUCAGUUUCUUUACAUUUCCAACAUUUAUUAUCGGGCAAAUGAUAGAUUGUUGCAAGCUUGACUGGGGUCAUGUACCACCUGUAUACCAUUUUCAUAAUAUUCUCUCUUAAGGCAUUGCAUGCCGUAAACUUCAUACCUGUGGUCCAUAACUGUUCCCAGUCAGCCAUCAUUAUGUUAUGUCCAACAUCUUGUGCCCAUUUAAUCAUGGCAGAUUUCACCGUUUCAUCCUGAGUAUUCCAUUUCAACAGCAAGUUAUACAUCUUUGACAAAAUCUUAGUUUUGGGUUCUAACAGUUCUGUUUCUAAUUUUGAUUUUUCCACCUGGAAGCCAAUUUUCUUGUCCGAAUUAUAUGCCUCCAUUAUCUGAUAAUAAUGAAGCCAAUCUCGCACUUUGUUUUUUAGUUUUUCAAAACUCUGCAAUUUCAAUCUAUCUCCCUCUUGUUCCAGAAUUUCCCAAUAUUUCGGCCAUUUGGCCUCCAUGUUGAGCUUUUUCUGUGCUUUUGCUUCCAUCGGUGACAACCACCUUGGGGUUUUAUUUUCCAAUAAAUCCUUAUAUCUUAUCCAGACAUUAAACAAUGCUUUCCUGACAAUAUGAUUCUUAAAUGCUUUAUGUGCUUUGACCUUAUCAUACCACAAAUAUGCAUGCCAUCCAAAUACAUUAUUGAAACCUUCUAAGUCCAAAAUGUCUGUGUUUUCAAGAAGCAGCCAUUCUUUCAGCCAGCAAAAAGCUGCUGAUUCAUAAUAAAGUUUAAGGUCUGGCAAGGCAAAUCCACCUCUUUCCUUUGCAUCCGUUAGUAUUUUAAAUUUUAUUCUGGGCUUCUUGCCCUGCCAGACAAAUCUAGAGAUAUCUCUCUGCCACUUCUUGAAGCAAUCCAUUUUGUCCAAAAUUUGCAAUGUUUGAAACAAAAACAACAUUCUAGGCAAUACAUUCAUUUUUAUCACAGCAAUACGGCCUAGCAGUGAAAGCUUCAAAUUUGACCAAAUUUCUAAAUCUUUUUUCACUUCAGCCCAACAUUUUUCAUAGUUGUCUUUAAAUAAAUUCCCAUUUUUAGCUGUCAUGUUAAUCCCCAGGUAUUUCACUUUCUUAACCACUGUUAAACCUGUCUCAUUCUGAAACCUCUCUCUCUCAAUCACAGUUAAAUUUUUCUCUAAGACCUUUGUUUUUAACUUAUUCAGUUUAAAUCCUGCUACCUGACCAAAUUCUUGAAUCAGUUCCAAAACCCUUUUAGUACUAGAUUCUGGCUCCUGCAAUGUCAAUACUAAGUCAUCUGCAAAUGCUCUCAAUUUGUACUGUUUUGCUCCGACUUGUAUACCUUUAACCAAUUGGUCCCUUCUGAUCAUAUUCAGCAGGACCUCCAGGACCGAUAUAAAAAGCAAUGGGGAGAUUGGGCAACCUUGUCGUGUCCCUUUUUCUAUCUUGAAUUCCUCCGUCAACACAUUAUUUACAAUUAAUUUAGCCUUUUGUUCUGAAUAUAUUUCACUUAUACUGUUUUCAAAACCUCCAUACCCUAUAAGUUCUUCUUCAUGAAACUCCAAGAAAUGUUGUCAAAAGCUUUCUCCGCGUCCACAAAUAUCAAAACUGCCUUAGUAUUUAUAUUCUCUUGUAAUUUUUCUAAAAUAUUGAUUAUGUUUCUCACAUUAUCAGAUAGAUGUCUACCCGGGAGAAAGCCUGCUUGGUCUUUAUGUAUCUCUUCCACUAACACUCUUUUUAGUCUUUUAGCCAAGAUGUCUGCAAAAAUUUUGUAAUCCACAUUGAGCAGUGAUAUGGGGCAGUAGUUCUUAAGCUGCGUCUUUUCAGUCUCUGUUUUUGGUACAAGUGUAAUAUAUGCUUCUUUCCACGACUCUGGUGCCCUUUUCCCACCCAUUAUUUCGUUACAGACUUCUUUUAAAGGUUGUACUAACCAUUCUUUUAAAGAUCUGUAGUAUCUAGAAGUCAGUCCAUCCGGUCCUGGAGAUUUACCUAGUUGCAUAUUCUGAAUGGCACCUUCUACCUCCUGUUCAGUUAUUUUAUAGUUCAACAUUAAUUUAUUUUCUUGAGAGAUUUUUGUAAUCCAUUUGUUUUCAAAAAUCGGUCUACGUCAAUUUCUUUCUGUGGCCCUUGUGUAUAUAGUUGUUUAAAGUACCUCUGGAAACAAUUUCUAAUCUCAGCUGGGUUCUGUAUAUUCCUUCCUUCCACUUCUAAAUUUGUAACUGUAUUUAAUUUUUGUCUUUUUUCAUUUGCCAAGCCAACAAUUUCCCACAUUUAUUAGCCGACUCAAAUGUCUUUUGUCUCAUUUGUUUAAUUUUCCAUUCUAUCUCCUGAUUCAUCAUUUUCAUGUAUUGUACUUGAUGUAACUUUAUUUCUCUCAAAAUCUCUUGCGACUUUGGUUUUGCUCUCAAUUUCUUUUCACUUUCCUUUAUUUUCUCCAAUAUUUUAUCCUUCUUCUCAUUUUGGAUUCUCUUCUUUAAUGCAUUCUGUUGUAUCAAGAACCCUCUCAUAACAGCUUUACUUGCGUCCCAGAUUACUCUUUUUUCAACAUUGGUGUUCAUAUUUAUCUCAAAAUAGUCUCUCAAGGUUUUUUGGGCCUUCUUAAUCACUUCUUCAUCUCUAAAUAAGGUGUCAUUCAUCCUCCAUCAUCCAUCUGAAACACCAUUUACCUUCCCGCUGCCUAUUUAUCUACUUGCACUUUGAUGUGCUUUUGAACUGCUAGGUUGGCAGGAGCAGGGACUGAGCAACAGCAGCUCACCCCGUCGCGGGGAUUUGAACCGCGACUUUCUGAUCAGCAAGUCCUAGGCUCUGUGGUUUAACCCACAGCGCCACCCGCAUCCCAUUCACUUGGGUAGAGUGGUCCAAAUCCAGAGAUCUCAUUCAGCCAUGGUGCACCAAGAGCUUUGAGCAGGUCUGUGGACUUCUUACUCCCUCAGAACCACCUACUUCUAUUGCAGGUUUCUCUGCCCCUACAAACAGAAACCAAUACAACUGAGUAAGGAAAAGGAAACUGAGUCAGGAAAGAAUAUAGCCAUGACAUAAUGAACGAAAUCACAUCAUGCAUUUUUGGAAAGGUUAAUGUAUAAAUAUUAUGGGAGGGAAAGGAGAAAAGAGGAAGAUGCUUUUGGUAGUCACCAUGUAUGGUCCAUAAGGGGUGGCUGUGUUAGCCUAUGGCAAUGAAAAUGCCAGGGCAUUACCAUCAUAAGAACACAAGAAGAGAAUGCUGGAUCAGGCCAGUGGACCAUCUAGUCCAACAUCCUGCUUUCACAUUGGUCAACCAGAUUUCUAUGGCAACCUUGCAAGCAGGACCAGAGUGCAACCAUACUCUCUCCAUUUGUGAUUUGCAGAAACUGGCAUUCAGAGACAUAGUGCUACCUACAGUGGAGGCAGAACAAAGCCAUCAUCACUCAUAGCAACUGAAAGCCUUAUUGUCUAAUCCAUAUGUAAAGCCCUCCACCUUGAUGGCCACCACUUGCUAGAGUCAAUUCCAUAGUUGAUCUAUGUUCUUUGUGGGAAAAGUUCUUUUUUUCAUCUGCUCCAAAGCUUCCAACAUUCAUCUUUGCUUUAUGGCCCCACAUUAUAGAAUGAUAAAAGGAGAGAGACCUCUCUCCAUCCACAUUCAUAAUUUUACUCAUUUCUAUCAUGUUUUCUCUUAUUCGCCUCCUCCUCCAAGCUAAAACGGGCAAAAUUUUGUCACCUUACCUAACAGGAAGUUGCUCCAGACCCUUGAACAUCAACAAUGGUUUUGAAUAGUCAGUGCAAUCAUUUUACAUAUUUUUAUUUGCCAAUAUGCAUAUGUGUGUGUGUACAUUUCCUUUCCCUCUGACCUCACUGCUUUCCUCUCUCUCUCUCUCUCUCUCUCUCUCUCCCUCUCCACUCCAUAUGUAUAUAUAGCUUCCAGCUUAGAUGAACACUUCACACCUCUGAAGAAGUGGGCUCAGGUCCACAAAAGCUUACACCCUAUUUUUUAAGGUUCAUUUUUUUAUUUUUAA